AUGGACGAGCCCGGUCAGUCCAUCACCGCGAUCAAAGCAGCCUUCAUCCGCUCUCAAGUUCGCCAGCUCUGUGCACCCCUCGAAGCCUCGCCCGACUGGAAUGGGAGCAAUAGAGUACAAACGGCCAAGGGUGACCACGGACGUCCAGGCCACUUGAGUGACAAGGCUGUACAAGAUAUUGUGGCGAAAGUCAAUGACGAAAUCCGCAAACACAACCGGAUGGUCUACUCCGCGCAAUCGCAGCGGCACGUGGCCGAGCAGAUCGAAACGCUGUACUGGAACAUCAUUUCCGCCGAGUGCGACGACGCCGAUACAAACACAAAUGCCACUACAGUCGUGGCCCCCCGAGACGCCGACUUGACAGAGUCACACACCACCAUCAAAAGUCUGCUACCUGAACAGUAUACCGAUCUCCAUCUCCAUCCUCAACACGACCCGCAUUCCGGUCAUGGUCAUGAAGCAGAGGCAUACACCACACUACGGGAAGAUUUGAUAGAAAUGGCUCGGAAACGGGACGCGCUGAGACAGAACCUGGCGCGGUAUCGACAUUUACAAUCGCUGUUGGAACCGCUCGACGAUCCGCAGACGAACAUCCAGCCGAAUCUGGUGACCAGGGAUGGCGAAUUGGGUAAAGAGUUGGAUCGGAUGAGGAUCUUGCUCGCCAGAGUUACGGGGCGAGUUGGAGAAAUGAAGAACCUGAAUGCGACAACAUUAGACAGGAGAGACACUACUGCAACUGGAACAGACACGAAUCUGUCGCAAUCAAUAACGCCAACGACAACCGCACAAACAGAUCAGCAGAAACUGGCACUGCUGAUGGACUUGACUUGA